AACUAGCUUCUACACUGAACGUGUAGCUUGCUUGUUGGCUUUAAAGCAAUCGAAAUGAGGUCUUAUGAAAAGCUGGAAAAGCAAAUUCUGGAUCAAAGGCUGAAAGAUUUUCAGUACGAAGUGAUACCUGAUGAACUGUUGCCUUUUCUGCCUUGCCUAAUACAAGAGGAUAGAGAAGCAAUUGAAGCAGUGCAGACGAACCGUGGGCCUAUAAGGGCAACUGCAGUUCUUGUAGACCGACUUAAACGGAGACAAGGGUUUCAAGACUUCGUAAAGGCUUUAAGAAAAUAUGGAAGCGAACACACUGCGCUUCUCUUAGACCCGAACUACAACUUCAGAGGCAAGUAAUUUAAAAGUAUCAUAAUUCUUCAAAUAUGCUGGGUUUUGAUGAAAUUUAUACUUCAUUACGUUUUUAAAAGUACUGAAAAAAUGAUGGGAAAGUGUUCAGUCCUCAUCAGUUUAAUAUUAACAAACCGAAAGUCCUGAUUGAAAAACAACUGCAGAAAACGAAAUCGAAAGGAGUCCAUGAAACUCGGGCAUCAACCUAUAAUUUAAUUCAAAAAGUCCUUUUCUCGAUUAAAAAUGUAUAGUAGCAGUAUACUCGUAGAUUAGCGAGAAAGGUGUUUUAUUACAUGUACCUAACUAUAUCUUGGGUAAAGAAAAAAACUACCUUGCAAUUAUUAGAUUGUGAAUUUAUGUUUUGAAAUUAUUAUUUCACGCAGAUGAUGACGACGACGAUGAACAAACCGCUGACCCUGAUGGGUCGGGGCUCGGUUUUAGAAGGAUUGGAACAGCUAUUGGUUGGUUUUCUUGUCUUUUUUCUUUUCUUUUCCUUUCUUUGACGUUAUCUUGUAUUUCUUUUCUAUUCCUUUUUCUUCCUUUCUUUUUUUAACUUCAUCUUCUAUUACUUUCACCAUCCAACCUCUUUCCCAGGGCCUUUUAACUUUCUUUUUUUUUUUUUUUUUUUAACUUAAAUUAUUAUUAUCAUUAUCCUAAUUAUUAUAUUAUUAUUGUUAUUUUAACUGUCAUUUGUUUAUUUUAUUAUUAGUGUUAUUAUUAUUAUUAUUUAAACUGAACAACAUACUUUUCUUUCUAAUUUAAAUUGCAUUUAGAUGUGCCGAUUUCCGGAAAACUCUUACCAGAAGAAUGUGAGGAGAACACUGGAAGCUAUUGUGCAUUAGAGCGUAAUGUCGCUGAGCGUUUUGGUGACCAAACGUCUUCAGAAAACAGAAGAAUGCGAAAAGAAUUCCAAAAGGUAAUCAUGCGAAUUCGUAAUGAAAAAAAAUUUGGCGUUCAAAUCUAAGCAAUAAUGACAAAAUUGCUGCCAAAGUAUACUUGAAUGUCGCGUUUUGUGACCUCCUCCAAGUCUAAAACGGGUAUGGAGUUUAGAAGUCAGGUCUGAAAACGGGUGUGGAAAAUGACAUUUAUUGGUCUGAAAUGGGGUCGACUUCAGGGUCUGGAGAACCGGGGGACACACCUCAACCAAGAAUUCCCAGGAAAACUCCUCUUCCCCGGCUGGUUGUACAAAGGCUAUUUUUAGUCUUUAAAAACAGUGCAAAACAAGGGUAUUUCCAUUGUUUCGCACUACGUAUCGCUUACUGCGCAUAUCACUGCGAUAGAAAAGGUGGCGGUAAGUUCCACGAGGUAACAAAGGCCCCUUUUGUAGUCCAAAUGGUCUUAAUUGCGAUUAUGAUACCUUUUCCCUUCUAAAAAGGUGCUAGCCUUGAAACUUACCCCAGUCCCUUCGCGCAAAAUGAUCAUUAAUUUUUGAAGCCGAAAUUGUCCCUUUGUCGUCUUUUUUGCCAUGAAACGAGACGCCGAACUCCGUUUUUGUUUGUGAUUGGUGCUUUUUACUCGUUAUGCCAAUAGGAAAAUACAGGGUGUUUCAAAAGUUCGCUCCGAUUUUUUAUUUGCCCCCUGAGUAUUAACAAAAACCUUUUGUAAACUAAGUAUUCUAUUCAUUAUUCAUUUAACAUUCAGUACCUAAAAUAUUAGUAACCAGAACGUCUUCCUGUAUGUUUUCUGACAUUUUCUAAGCGGUGAGGUAUAGAAUGUACGAGUUCCCAAAGUCCAAAGUCACAUUCUUCCGGGCGAAGCGUAGUCACUGUCUUAGCUCUUCCAAUGUUUUGGGGGCUGGAUCUUUGUAUGUUGUCUCGUCUACGAUAAACCGGAUGGUCUCUACGGGUUCAGAUCACGUGAGUUUGCCGGCCGGUCCUCCUUUGGUAUAAAGUUGACAAAUCCUUCUGACACCAUGCUUGCAUGAAGGGUGCACCGCCUUUUUCUCUUCAAGGCUCUCCAACUUUUUUUGGUAGCUUAUCCCCAUACUGUUGUGCUCGAAACUUUGAUCGACAAUGUGAAGUUGAAAUUUUUUUACCUUUCUGUUUUUGUGGAAUUAUUACGCAUAUACUUACCGCUUUUUUGAUAAUAUUUCUCACACAGUUUGUGAAAAAACGGCCAUCCACUCCUUAGUUUGCCUUCUUAGGUCUUUACUUUUGACCAGUUUUUCGGUCAUCGUUCAGACUUCUUCAACAAUUUGGCGAUUUUUCUUUUUUUGACUGAAUGGCCAGAAGACCAUAAAAAUAGAUGCCUGCGCUCGAACACAAACGGUGUAGGCCUUAAUUUUCAUGAAGGAGUAGAGAAAAAAAAAAGAAAACGAUAAAAAUACCAAAAUAGAAAACCUACAAAAUGGGCGGGAAAAUCCUCGCGUACGUGUACAGCUGGGGCAAAAUUCUAAAAAAAAAUUACAAUUUCUUCAAAUUUUAGUUUGAAAUUGCUUUAAACGGUUAUUUAGAUAAAUUUCUUACCUGAAUCAGUUUACAUUUGCCUAAAGAAGCAUUAAAUGCUUUGCGCAAAAUACAAUUUACAAUCGGAACGAACUUUUGAAACACACUGUAUAUAUUAUUUUAAGGGGAAAAAUCUGGACAGUACAAUUUGUAUUAUUCAAAUCUGAAUUGCGCAUAAUGGAAAAAAUUGUCCAUUUUUCUUAUCUUCUUGCAUACGGUAAUUUGAAAUCACUUUUCUAAUAAAGCAUAGCCCAGACAAACAAACGGGCUCUAUGUUUUAAUAAGAUGAAUAGUUUUUGUAAAAAAAAAGUAUUUUGACGGUUGUUCAAGUUUCGACCAUUUUUCGCGCAACCAUCACAAAACACUUAGUAUCACAGGCACGCAGGGCAAAAACAAGCACAGUGACAGCAUCAUUGAGCGCAAUUUUUUUUAACAUCCCAUAUAUGGUUAUUAAUUGAUCCAAGUUUGAAACAAAUCUGGAUAAUACAUCCUUUUCAAGAGAAUUACCUUAAAACCUUUUAAACGUAUAGUAUAUAUUAAGCAUGAUUUAUAGCCUACCUACUGUACCCCUAGUGUUAAUACACUUUAAACAGCACCACUCUUAACUGGACAACUACGAUAUAAUCCGAGCCUAGCCUUGCCCCCCUGAGAGGACUUGAUCGCAGCCUUUCAUCGACGCAACAUAACGGCUCGUCCGUCCGGCUCGUCAAGAUAUCUUUGUCUUUGCUGUCUUGUUAUUAGUGUUAAUUUUGAAACUCACUACCGUGAUGAUGAUGAUGACGACAAGAAAGGAGCUUUAUCCUCUCUUGAUAUAAGAAUUAAGUAGUGGAAGCUUUACAGUCUAUGCAGGAGUACUUUUUGUUUUUUAAGUCUUAAAGUACUUACUACACUCACUUCCCUGAAGUCACAUUCGUCCACAAAACGUAUAUACGCGUCGUUUCCCUAUGGCUGCAGUUUCCUUAACCUAACCAACGUCUUCCGCCAACUUAACACUUGAUUCGCGAACGUCGCGAAGCAUUGCGUGGGAAGUCACCCAGCUGUCAACAUUGGUAAAAUUAAUGACAUAUGAUUGCCUAUCCGGCUAAACCCUCUAGGGAACAAUAAAUCUCCGAGAAAAUCUAUAAAAUAACUGUAGAAGGAUUACGAUGGGUAUAGGUAAGCCUUUCCACAAGUUGCGCGGCAACUUUUGGGCAACUUCUUGUAUUUCGAGCUCGAGAAAAUUUUUCCGUUUCGAGCAUUCUGAGAAAUUUCUAGUUUUCUACUAAAUCUGAUAUAUCGGAGCUGCUUUUAGUGCUUAAAUUGGCCUUGCUUCCAUAUUUCACUAUGUUGUAGCAAGAGAGAAUGAUCUAGCUCAUUCUCUCUUGGUUGUAGUAGACAAUUUAUGAAUUUCCUUUGAAAAAGGAAGAUGCAUGCUGCAUGGCUGCUAGGUCAGCGGUUUUUAAAGUAAAUUCAAAACGGGGGAAGAAAAUAGUUUGGAGUCUUGACAACAACAACAACAAUUUAAUUAGCUCAUACCAGAAUUUUUAUACGAUUAAUAUCAAUAUUGAUACGUAGUCUUUACUCAUACAUUUUUUGGUUUUAAUUGAGGGCAAAGUUAUUUAGCAACGCUGGAUACACCGUAAAAAUGCACAAGGUGCUUGGAAAUUUUACUUUUGUUGUACAAUUUGCAAAUUUUGCGUCAGACGGCGAAUAAAGGAAGAGAGCAACAAAAAAAAGGUUUUUUUUAAUCAACUUUUGUUGCAAAAAAACCUUUUGACCUCUUUUUGAGGAACGUUUUGAGAAACUGUUGGAAUUGUGGGGGAAAAUCUCAAGCAAAUUGUGGAAAGCCCUAGGUAUAGGGCCUAUAUGGGGUUUAAUUCUCUCUGCUCUCUUGCGAUCAUGAUGAUGAUGAUGAUAAUGAUUAUGAUGAUGAUGACAAUAAAUUUCAUGGCUUUUUUAAAUAGCAUCUUCCCAAGGGUGCAGCGUUUGUAAAGACCUCUAAGGGCUCAAUUAUCUUGACUUUCCGUCUGUCAAGUGAACAAGCAGCAAGUGAACUAUGGGACAUGUACACCGACGGAGAAUUCCAGUCCAUGGUGCAAACAGUGUUCGUGGAAGACGCGUUAAAGGAUUCACAUAGGGACGGUUUGGAAAAAGCUCCGAAACUGGAACUCAGCCUUUGUGUAGAGCGAUUCAAGAAAAUAAGAGAGAAACUUAGAGGUAGGUUGUCAAUGAGUGAAAUUUGCCGGUUUGCACAUAGCUACUAAACUGCUUGUUACUGGUUACUUGUCACUGCUUUUUGUUCUCUUUUUAGUGUUGUCAUUUGUUUUUCGUUUUUCCAUUCAUCCCGUCCCUUUCAUAACAUGUGAGAUAUGGGGCCUUUAAGGGCGUAUUCUGAUCAGCCCAGAGUCCUCUUAAUUUCUGCUCUUACAAAAAGAGGAGUAGCCAGGACUUUUCUGAGGUUUCCACAGACGUGAAAAGAAUAAUCAAUGAUUAGCUCCGUGCCAGCUGCACAGAGCUCAUUACUGAGCGGACUAAUUGGUUUCUAUAUAUAUCAAUUUCUAACCACAAUUCUCUCAUUCUCGAAUCAAUCCUAUUUCCCCCCAAAAAAUUAAUAAGUUACCGUAAAAGAACUGCCCUGAACUGCAUCAUCUUCAAACUUGGCAUUUAAAUGCACAAAAACUUGGAUAUAUUAUUAAGUUGAAUGAAAUUCGUUCGUUGAUUUUUUUACGCCUUUCCCGUGUUGCCGUAUCUUUCGACUGAUGAACUCUUGAUUCCCACGGAGUUCACGAACGUUUUUCAUUGAUCUAUGUCAUUCUUGCUUUUCACCUUACAGUUUUCAUGUUCCCACCAAUAACAUAGUUCCAACAUCCGAUAUAUAAACCACACACGACCCCCCAAUUCCCUGAUUUGCCCUGACGAAUCUUCUUGGCCAGACCACUUUAAUUAUCAACUCUGAGUUGAUAAAAACAAAUCUUUGUUUAUCACUGCUCCACUGACGUAACACCACCGGCAGUUUCUUUAGAAACUAACCCCUUCAUUCAUACGCCAUUUAAACAGGCUCGAGCUAUUUUUUCAGAACGUGCAUUAGGCGUUCGGAGUCCCUGAUCCGCAACAAUCCGUCAUUAAGCUAAACGACAAUAAAGGAUCAUCAUGGUUAGAAAUUACCUGGGUGCUACUCCAACGUGCUGCUCUACUAAUACCUGCCAUUUUUUUUUUUUACGAAAAAAAAGAAAUCUUAUACUUAUUAGGAUUGACCUAUCUUUUAUAUAAUGCUGUGACUAAAAAAAAAAAAGUAUAGAACAAUGAUAAAAGUCUUAUUUGUUCUCACGUUGAUAGAGAUUGAGUCUGAACAAGAGAGUGACAGUUUCCUUUCUUUUCCAAGGCAACCAGGUAUAUUUGUAUAGGUAAUAGCAUUAUUUGUAGUGAUAUUUGGCAUAAAUACCACGAGUGAUAUUUCAAAAUUGUUAUACGUAAUUUCAUGAGCCGUUAGGCGAGUGAAAUUUGAGACAAUUUUGAAAUAUCACGAGUGGUAUUUAUGCCAAAUAACACGUACAGAUCAUGCUAUUAUUUGUUUAUACUGCUACCCGCAAAGGUUUUGUAAUUUUUACAUGUAGGUAUUUCAAAUUAAGCUGAAAUACCACUGCUCUAAGCCAAUCAAAUUGCAGUAAUUUUUCAUGUAGUAGUAUAAUUAACUUUAAUUCCUUCUAAACAAGGAUUUAUAAUUAGUCUCUGAAAUAAGAAACUUGAUUUGUCUACAUAGCAGUCUUGAACAGAAUCCUCCGGAUUGUUUGCAACGUUUACCAUGUUAAGUAACAUAGUUACUGACAUCGUGCACUUACCAUACAUUUUUAUCUCAAUUUUUGCAAUUUUUUUGGAAAAGUAAUGCGUUGAGCAAAACGCAGACGUUUCGACCUAGAAAUAGGCCUAGGUUAAUUAGAGAGCAAGAGUAAUGUCUAUCCUUCUUUAUUGUUUUCUAUUCUUAGUUAUUACACGUCGGCACGACUGCGUACAAACGUUUAGAAGUCAAAACCAUGUUAGACAGUGGAAAAGAGUUGAACUCGUCUGAUAAGAGUGGACUAUUUAAGGUGACUCGACCCAGUUUUUUGGGGGGGAACCAUCCUACUUUGAAGCUCUCUGGCAUCCUCACCUUUACUUUUAUUGUAAGUCUAACACAUAGAAUGAAUAACAUAUAGAUCGACCUACAAUAUAACAUAAAAUUUUUGGCGAUCGGAGUAAAUGUCACGUGGUUAUCAUGCCACGCCCCUUUGAGGUCUGAGUCGAAAAUCUGCUGUUACCGGCAUUUUUUCGUGAAAAUCUCUCGGCUACACAUAGUGCGCAUUAGUGCCUUGCGCUGAACAGAGUUUCACCAAAAUCGCAAAGACCCAAUUCGAGAAAUUCAGCGGUUUCCAAAUUUAGGUCAUAAUUUAUGCCAAAAUGAUAGGCAAACUUUACACGGAUUAUAUCUAAUAAACUAUGAGAUUUAUCUCUUUAUUUUGGGCAUCGUUAUAACAGAUGGGUCCUUGCAAGUCAGCAAAACGCUUUAGGGCCUUGUAAAUGCGCGCUAUUUCGAGCAAAGCAAACAUAUAGAAAUUAUAGGUUUGGCUAUUUGUUGACGUUUGUCAGCGUUUAAGAGUCUUUCUCACGAAAAAAGCAUUUUCUUAAAAAUUUUUUUUUCGUAGUUUUUUUUUCCUUCAAAUUUUUUCAGGGCCAAAAUUGAUUAACUAACUACCCGGACUCUGAAUUUCAUGGUCAUUGAAAAACUGUGACAUUAUCUUCUAUAAGCCCAAACUGGAGUAAACAUUGAAGAUUUUUAGCGUUUUGGCUGAGUUUGUGCUUUGGGAGUUGUCUAUUGUUUCUAGUCUGUCAUGAAACAGCAUUCUUGUUCAGCACGCGUGCAAUGACCGCGCUUGGCUGUGGCUGACUUCCGAAUGCUCACCGGGAUAUGAUAAUUUUGGUACAGUGAGACAGGCCAUCGCGUGAUACAUAGAGGUUUAACUCACAAUUUUUAAUCAAUUCUCGUGCUUCUUGUGCCUUUGCAAAAAAAUCAAGAAGUGCUACACGCUAAAUCUACUUACUAUUAAAAAAAUAUAAUUUUUUCAUAGGUUUAAUGCAAGCCAAUAAUUAAACCAACUCGUGAGGGGAAUCCCUUCUGUUUUCUUAUACUAAAUUAUCAUAUCUCGGUGAGCAUUCGGAAGUCAGCCAAGCGUGGUCAUUGCACGCGUGCUGAACAAGAAUGCUGUAUGAUGACAGACUAGAAACAAUAGACAACUCCCAAAGCACAAACUCAGCCAAAACGCUAAAAAUCUUCAAUGUUUACUCAAGUUUGGGCUUAUAGAAGAUAAUGUCACAGUUUUUCAAUGACCAUGAAAUUCAGAGUCCGGGUAGUUAGUUAAUCAAUUGUGGCCCUGAAAAAAUUUGAAGGAAAAAAAACUAAGAAUUUUUAAGAAAAUGCUUUUUUCGUGAGAAGGACUCUUAAACGCUAACAAACGUCAACAAAUAGCCAAAACUAUAAUUUCUAUAUGUUUGCUUUGCUCGAAAUCGCGCGCAUUUACAAGGCCCUAAAGCGUUUUUCUGACUUGCAAGGACCCAUCUGUUAUAACGAUGCCCAAAAUAAAGAGAAGAAUCUCAUAGUUUAUUAGAUAUAAUCCGUGUAAAGUUUGCUUAUCAUUUUCGCAUAAAUUAUGACCUAAAUUUGGAAACCGCUGAAUUUCUCGAAUUGGGUCUUUGCGAUUUUGGUGAAACUCUGUUCAGCGCAAGGCACUAAUGCGCACUAUGUGUAGCCGAGAGAUUUUCACGAAAAAAUGCCGGUAACAGCAGAUUUUCGACUCAGACCUCAAAGGGGCGUGGCAUUAUAACCACGUGAUAUUUACUCCGAUCGCCAAACAUUUUAUGUUAUAUUGUAGAUUGAUCUAUAUGUUAUCCAUUCUAUGUGUUAGACUUACGAUAAAAGUAAAGGUGGGGAUACCAGGGAGCUUCAAAGUAGGAUGGUACCCCCCCAAAAAACUGGGUCGAGUCACCUUAAACAGUCCUUAAUAUAUCUUUACCAAAUGAAUUUUUUUCUUUUCAGAAAAUGGAAAAGUUGAAGAUAGUGAACUAGAAAUGGAGUUCAUCAUUCCUGAAGGUAUGUUUUUUACAUUCAGAUUGUUAUCAAAUUGAAUCAUCUCAGAGAAAUGAAAAAACAAACAAACAAACAAUUAACCAAAAAAGACGGAAGUAUUAAACUUAAAUAAUAUUAUAAUAAGAAUGAAGGCCUAAGUAAAAACUGAAGUUAUCUUACUCUGCUCCUCAUCAAACUGGGAAAGUUAAGGAAGAAAAAGGCGUAAGAAAGGUUAAAGAAACUCAAAAACCCUCCGCAUAACCCACCUCAAUUAAACUUCAUUGACCUCAACUUUAAUUAUUUUCAAUGUGCUGUUUUAAGUAAAAAGCAUCGCUAGUAUGUGAAGCGUAAAGUAGGAAAAAAUAACUAGACUGGAAAUGUUCUUAAGGUUUCUUAGGUCUUAGCAUAGACUAUCCAAAGUUAUAUUAAUCUGCAGUUUUUCUGGGAGACAAAGCCAACGAUCUUGGCCCUGGUGAGCUUGAACUCAGAGAGUAUCAGAAGGAAUUGGCAGAACCUGCGAUCCAAGGAAAAAAUACCAUCAUAUGUGCACCCACGAACAGUGGAAAAACGUACGUGGCCAUAGAGAUAACGAAAAGGCACCUCGAAAGGUUUGACAGCGAUAGCGAGCAGUCAGGUAGGCGAGAAAUUAUUUAGUUAUUAUUACUAGUAAUUGAACAUCAGGCCAGUUCAUUUGAUCUAUGGACAUAUUGUGAGGAUCCGAAAUAAAUCCUUACGUCUAGGACGUCGUUUACACUUAAAAAAAUCUUCGACGUGAUGAAUCGAAAUUGAAUUGGAGUCUAAACAAGCUCGAGAACCUGUUAGGUUAAAAUUUGCCAGUAAGCCCACUCUAUACAAGAACCUGUUUGCCAUAAAGUUUGAAACAGGUUCUUAUUUUCUAAAAUCUAAAAAAAAAAAUUGAACUAUUGGACAUAUAACAUAAAUCAACAUUCAGGAUACUGAAAAUGAAGAAAUGAUCUUCGCAGUGAACGCAAUUUAUGCAAUUGCGUAAAGAAGCCUGAAAAAAAUUCAGGAUUUCAAGGGGGUUUGAAUUCAGUAUACUCUUUGAAAACAUAGGUGCCUUGUCACUCCAAGUGCAACUGUAAGAGUAUACAUGUUUUAGUUCAAUAAUGAGCUGAAUACCACUAAACACUUAGCUCGCUUAAAUUUGUGCUUACCACUGGCAUUUAUUUGUAUUUUAACCUUUUUAGGCUAACUUGAGGCAAAUGCAGGUUCCUAGUCGCGCGUUUUUACUGUUUGUAUCUCAGUGCAGAAUAGACGUUCAAAUGUAAUAAUCCUUGGGAAAAUAGGACGCGCUCAAUCCUCAAUCCAGAAUGUUCUAAAAUUUCAAUGCUAUAUUUCGUAACUUGUUUUUUUUUUUUUUUAAUUUCUUUCUUGAUCGUUUUCAUUAGGGAAAAAAUGUUACUUAAUCCUGUCAAAGUGAUAUAAUAAACGACGAUUCAAUUUACAGGAUAGGAAAAAACGUUUUACAUAAACGCUUUCUAGUGAUGGAUAAGACGUUUUGUAAUAAACGUGAUUUAUGCUGUAAAUCACGUGAUAAAACGUUUUGAUAGAUCGCGGGGAGCUCGAAACCAGCGCCUCUGUUCUAUGUUGGAGCGUGACAAAAUAUUCCGAUGGCCUCCUAAGUAUUCUCUUGAACAUGUCCUCCUCCGUCUCGAGGAUCGAAAAGGAGAAUAUAUCCAAGGUGUGGCCUCUUAAUGGAAUACUUCUUAAUGUCAAAUUGUUAACAGUUUGAGGAAAAAAGGAAAUCUCUGCCGUAUAGGUGGCUUGGAUAUUUGAGACAGAUUGUUGUAAACUUUUGUGUUAUUUACCUUUGAACAUCUUCAAGAAUGAUUUGAUAUCCAGCCAUCUCAAGGAGAAUCUAAAUAAAGAAACGCGACUGCCCCCAACAGGUGUCUUGAUAUCGCUUAAAACAUAGCCCUUUUUUUCUUUUGGCGAUUGUAAGUCCCAAGAGAAAUUGAAAGCUAUGAUUAUGCAAAGUUUUCGAGAGACAACAAAGAGUAUUAUGGUAUUUUUUAAAAAAAAAGAUCUAUUGCGUAGUGUUAUGUUUGAUGUAUUUAUUACAUCUCAAAUUUGAAUCUGUUUUGAACUAUAGCUUCCAGUAACACCAACAGAAAGGAAGGUCGCGUGGUGUUCAUUGUUAGCACAGUGAAUCUUGUCCUACAACAGAAGGAUCGAUUUGCUUAUUUCUUGGGCGGCAAGUAUUCUGUAGGAGAAAUCUCCGGAGCUAAUUCAACAGAUAUACCGCUCAAAUACCUCCUACAAAGCAACAAUGUUGUGGUGAUGACGGCCCAGAUACUUGUCAACGCCCUAAACAGCAAGAACAAAGAGGAACGAGUAGAGCUAAAGGACAUCAGUCUGUUGUUAUUUGAUGAAUGUCACCACGCUCAUAAGGAGCAUCCUUAUAACAAUAUUAUGGAAAAGUACCUGGCCUUACAGUCUCAGCCCGGAUACCAACACAGCCUACCACAGGUAUUACACAACUUUCAAAUCAUGUGUUUACUUACUGCGUUUCCUUGAGAGUUUCCUCAUCACAACAGGAUCAACACAAUCUGGUGUCUAGGCCAUAGAAAAUCUUACGGUACAAUUUUGUGCCUAGACACCAGAUAUGAAAAGGCACUUGUGAACAGAAGUCUUUUUAGGGAAUAUUUCCGUUUAUUGAAUUCCUUGGCCAUAUGAAUUCAAAUCGGGAUAUAGACGUUGACUAACUCGCUAUCAGUGAAAGAUUCUAAGAAAAAGCUGUGAUUAAUGGAGGUUAUACAUAACGGAAGACAAAACUAGACAAUACCGUACCUACCUGAUCGUAACUUGGGUUGUAAAAAUCCAAUGUUACCCUUUUUUAUAGCCUGCGAACGGCAGACGUGUCUGCUCGCUCAUCGCCGCUGAAGGGACGUUUCGCGAAGAGGAACGUCUGCGACUCAGGGACGGAAAUUCCAUACUGAUGACGUAAAUCAAUGUUUACUUAAUCAAUUUUACGUUUCUCCUGGUCGAUUUUGGAAAAGUGUUGUGUUCAUCUGCGAAUGAGCUCCAGCAAAACUCAAAGGCUUCUUCUAGAGAAGACUAUAUUCCACACAUAUUGACUGUUUUGUUAGAGAUUCAUCGCGUUUACAUUUGACCUUAGCCGCCUUUUGUCUUUUGUCUGUCAUUCGUAAACAAUAGCUAGAAUAAUGAAACUACUCCGUCGACCAAUUAGCGCCUCUGACCGGAUUUCGGACAGAUUUUGCGUCAUCAGUAUGGAAUUUCUGUCGCUGAGUCGCAGACGUUCCUCCUUGCGAAACCUCCCUCAGUGCUGAUGAGCGAGGAGGGACGCCUGCCGUUGCCGGGUACCUUUUUCACCAAAGUAUGAUAUUUUGUUUGGCAGAUCGUUGGCCUGACAGCGUCUCUUGGUACUGGUAAAGCGUCGAGUGUGGAUAGAGCAGAAGAACAUAUCAUUCUUGUAUCUGCAAAUUUAGAUGCCGAAGCUAUCUCUACUGUGAGGAAAAACCAGGCUGAGCUUAAGAAGUACGCAAACGUCCCUGAAAGAGCAACUCAUCACGUGGAAAAGAACAAGCAAGAUCCAUUUGAAAAGAUCGUCUCCAAGGUAACGUUAGCGAUAAAUUCUUGUCAAUACUAAACGAGUCACCGGGUUUACUCUUCUUAGUGUAGCGCUAUUCAAUGCUGUUUUCCUUUCCAGGGACAGGGUUCCCAUAAUAUCCUGGUUCAUUUGUCUAAAGGCCCUAAUCGAGAAACAUCAACUAAUCCUAAAGAAUCUGAUCGAGGUGUAAGUGAAAAGCAUACCCAAACUUUGAUGUGUGCGAUGCACCUUUAAGAUAAAAGCAUCCAAGGUUCGCCAUUGGGUUUUAGCUUGCUUUAUUUAUUUAAUUUGUUUGUUUGUUUUUAAAAGGUGAUGGUACAAAUAGAAGGCAGACUUAAGAAAAUGAGAGGCAAGUCCUUCAAGGCAGGGCCCCCAGACAAAGGAAGUCAACAGUAUCGUCAGUGGGUAGAAGAAUUCUACAAAGAUGCGGUGGCGGCUGGUGACAGGUACCUGGUGACCUACACCGAACACCUUCGUGAAUAUCACAUCUCACUUACUUUGAAUUCAAACACGAGGAUGAAGAAUGCCAGGAGUUAUCUCCAGAAAUACUUUCGAUCGUUGGAUAGAGAAAAGUUCACGGAUAUUGAUGAAAUUCUGGAAAAACUCUUCUACAAGGCAAUGGAAGCCUUAGAUAAAUUCAUCGAAAAGAAUGGCGGCGAGCCUGAAAAUCCGAAGCUAACGAGACUGAAAGAUUUGUUGUUGGAAAACUACAAGGAGUUUCAGAACAGCGACAAUGGUCAGCACAACCAGACGAACGAAAGUAGAGAAGGAGAUGCAACCAGUCGAGAAUCGGCGAAUGAAAAUGGCCAAGAGAAGGUAGGCAGCAAGGAGAGCGCGAUGAAUGGAGACGUUGAAGCUUCCAAAAUGUCUGAUGAUAAAGUCACAGAAGCAACCAAAAGUACAGGUGAAGUGGACAGGAAAACACCUGGUCGAGAAGAAAAUGCAAGAAAAGAUGAGGACAAGAGAGAAAAUAUGAGCUUGAAGACAGAGCAAUCCGCUACUAACACUACUGAGAGGUCCUCCCCACACACAGCAGCCAAUCAAGAAGAGGAAAGUGGCAGUGAAAUUUUGUGUGUUAACGCAACGAAUACCGCUGAAGGUUCCUCAUCAGAGGUCCUUUCAGAUUCACCUGACGAAAGUAACAGUGAAGCAUUGGACGACCUUAAACUGGAUGUGACUGAAAGUUCCUCGUCAGACACGGCGAAUGAAGAUGAUAAGGCAGAACAAACAAAAUCUCGUCAUCAUCCAGAAUGGGAAGGUCCAAAAGGAAUUUUGUUCACUAGAACUCGUGAGUCAACAGAAGCACUCCUGGACUGGAUCAAAGAGACUGAAGAACUUAACAAAGUACUCAGACCAGUGCUACUAGUCGGCAGUGGAGAUGGAAAGAGUAAGUAAUACUUGAUUUCAUUAGUUACUUUUAUAGCUGGUGCCACUUUAAACUGAGUGUAACGCAAUGAUUUAUAGUUGUAUCGUAAAAAAACUGUGAAGGCAAGUGUUGUGAAGUAUUUUCUACUGAGUAGGUUGUUUUAAAGAUUUGUGUGUCAUGCGCUCUUUAGUUGAUUUCAUAUUUGUACUUGAAGCUUCACUCGUGCCUAGAGUCUCAUUAUGAUUAUGUUUGUAGAUCAAGGUUAAUCUUCGUUUUUUGAAGUUUAUUAGCUUUUUACUAGUGAUUUGUUGUCAACAGAAGUGUUAUUUGUCUUGUAGUUUAAUUAAAUUUUUGUCUGUCCUUGCAUGAAGUAGGCACGUUUUGGAUUCUACCUGACCUUUAUUUUUACCCACAUCAGAGUUCCUGUACUGCUUUAAGGUCACGGUAGAAUCUCGCGGUUUUGGUUGUCAAGUUUUAUUAGCUUUCUUUUUCUGGACCUGUUUAACCUUGCGGGUUUGUUUUCACCCACUUUAGUGAUCGACAAGAAAUUCGUCGGUUAAAGUCACUAGGAAAUGCUUUUUCAACUCUCAUACUCAGCAAGCCCGAACGUACCUAAAUUUUAGUUAUUUUUAAAAGUUGCCAAAAUUUGGCGCAGUUUUUAGUUUGAAUAAGCGGGUUGGGUUGGGGAAAUAGAGUUGGUGCAGUAGAAGAAGGACGUAUGAGCUGCUGUCAAGAAUAACUACACCAAGAUGUGGUACCUAUUCGCUAAAGAAGCGAAUUCCUCGAACACCCUUACACAAGCUUAGCAGCAAACGUAAAAUAAACUGUGCUAAAAGAUUUUCAAAGACUAUCAGUUUGCAUGAUUAGCGACAUUUUUACUAAAAAACACUAGUUUUCACCUAGAAUUCUUAUAGUAGUUCAGUUUUAGGAGAUGAAGCAGAUGAAACAUUCAGGAUGAUCAUGAUUGCGUUCUUAAAUUUCAGUCGGCAUGACCCAGAAUGAGCAGGAGCGAGUUAUUAAAAGGUUCAAAACAGGAGAAAAGAAUCUUUUACUGGCGACCAGCGUCGCAGAGGAAGGCCUGGACAUUAGUGAUUGUAACUAUGUUAUUCGCUACGACAUGAUGGGCAACGAAAUCUCCUCAGUACAAUCACGUGGCCGUGUCAGGUAAGCCAGUACCUUUCGAAGAGUAGGACUGCUGUGUUCAGCGGACAGUUACUCUAGGUCAAAAAUCUAUAAAUUGUCUUUUGAUAUACGGACGACCUAAUGAUCUUUUAUAUAUUGGAUCAGCAAAAGGCCUGCAAUCCAUUUUAAAUUAGGUGGAAUCUUUCUGUGAAAAUGCUGACUUAGAUUUCAACUCAGAGAAGACAAAAGUUAAUGAUUUUAAUAACGAUCGCGGCGGAUCUUUUAUAUAUUGGAUCAGCAAAAGACCUGAAAUCCAUUUUAAAUUAGGUGGAAUCUUUCUGUGAAAAUGCUGAUUUAGAUUUCAACUCAGAGAAGACAAAAGUUAAUGAUUUUAAUAACGAUCGCGGCAAAUCCUUAACCAACUUUUCCUUUAGAUGAUGACGCAAAUAAAUUAGAAAGCGUCAAAUAGUGCAAAAAAUCUCGGACUAAUACUGAGACCACGUGGAAAUUUUAAUUUCGCUUAGUAAUACAGGAGCUGAAAAAAGUUGUACUCAAUGUUUUGAGUGCAAAAGAGAUGGGGAAGCAACUUUAGAAAAAAAUAUUUAAUUAACGUUAAAACCAUUUGAUAACACAUAUCCCCCAUACUCCUUUAUGGGAGUGAAAUAUGGCCGACCAUUGAGUGCAAUGGACAAAAAGAUAAGGAUUCCGCAGAACUAGUUCAGAACAAAUUCUUAAAAUGGCUACUUAGUUUAAAUAAAUACUGCAAUGAUAAUGCGUCUAGGGCAGAAACGGGAAGGUCUCGAUGAAAAUUGAAGCCCAGUGGUGAACUUUAAGUUGUGGCCAGUAACUCUAGCGCAAAAAAAGAACAUGAUAUGAAAAAGACAUUAAAUGGAAAGAAAUUGAGGCUUUCUCGAGCAAAAACAUCAGAAGCACAUUAGACCAGAUAGGGCCAGGAGAACUUUGGAUAAAAGGACACUAUAUGGAUAUAGAAAUGGUAGACACAAUGAGGUUAAUCGAACAACAAAACUGGAUGAGUGAAAUGAAUAACGACAUUAGAAGAGAUGCUGUCCGAAAAUACAAAACAAUAGACAAUUAAAAAUGUCAGCAAGACCCGUCACAGAAUAACUUCAACAAAAUUACGACUAAGCAAUGAUAAAAUCGCCCCAGAAACGGGGCUCGGUUCCUCGAAAGAUUGAUAAGUUUAAUCCAGGAUUAAGCCAAAUCUUAAACAAGGUUUUCUGGUCUAAGAACAUGCAACUCCAGCUUACAAAAUACUGUUGUGCCUUUACUCCGAGAUAAAGUAAUGAUAACAAAAAAUGUGACUCUAAGCAAUACAUAGGAAAGAAAAACACAAUCCUGGAUUAGCACUAGUCGGCCUCUCAGAAAGCGGGGCCAGGUCGAUACUUAAGACCUUAUAAAAAAAAAACCUGAUAAGAUAUGUCCAAUCUAUAAGGUAGAAAUGGGGGACGAAUAUCACUUUUUACCUGUAUGACCCACUUACCAGCAAGAAUAGAAAAGUUCUAAGCAAUUACUUGAAAAAUGAACAUCUAAUAAGUGACAGAAUGUCACCCAAUAAAGUAUUCGUGUUUCUAAUAAAUCCCCCCGCCCCCGCUCCCAGCGGAAAGGCUGAAAUCCAAAAAUUUAUAGCAAAGCAUGAGUUUGAAUGCUUCAAGAUGAGAAAAGAGUGGAUAGAAAAAAAAACUAAAUGUUAUGUACAUGUGUAUUUAUGUGUAGUUGUUUUCGUGUAAUUAACAUUUUAGUAACUGCAAGUUUGAAUUAUCUGGAAAACGUUGAUGCACCAGCUUGUAUAAGACUCCUAAUAACUAUUGUCUUGUCUUUUUCUGUCGUCUUGUCUGCAUACGAAAAAAGUGUUUUUUUUUUCCUUCUUCUGUAGGGCGGAAUAUGGGAAGUACAGCGUGUUGGUAGGUCAUUCAGGAGCACGGAAGAGAGAAAAAAUGAGUGCCUUCAGGGAAAUGCUAAUGACUGAAGCUCUUAAUAAAGUGCAGAGUUUGGAUCCAGAAACCUUUAAGAAAAAGGUGAGACCGGCGCAAAUAAGGUUGUUAUCAAAAUAAAGAUAAUCACCAUGAUCAUCAUCAUCAAAAUGAUCAGCCCCAAUAUUAUUAUUGUAGUAAUUUUUGGCAACGAAUUGGUCGACAUGGUGUUGUUUACCCCUCAUCUUCUGAAGGAUAGAGGGGUAGAAGUUGUACUAGGUUACUUUAUCUCGUAAUGUAAGUGUUCCACGUCUUUCCUCUGCUCAACUAACAAUCCCUUUGAAAUAUGGUUUAUUGUUUCUUUUUACGUCAAUGGUAUGAUAAUUAUGUUACCUCGGCUUCCUGGAGCUUACAUACUUACAUUAACGCGAAAGAGACGGAAUCUUCAGAAACCGUGAGGCGUCAUUGACAAACAUUUAUAAGGGUUCCUUUCAGCAUACUUGACAUUCAAUUUUUGGUUUUCUCAUUAUAUUUUAUUCUUUUAGGUGAAAGAAUUGCAACAAAAGAGUUAUCGAGAACGCUACCUAAAGAAGCACAUUUAUGCUCUCAGUAAGUCAAAGCAUUUGCCUGGUGACGUCACCUUUCUAUGCCGGAAGUGCAAAGAAACUGUUUGCCAAGCGCAUGAUGUCCGGUGCAUCCAAGGCAGUCACCACGUGAUCAUUAACAGUGAUGUCCGGGAUACAAAGGUAAUUCCAAAAAAACAUACAAUCAGUUGACAAUCGCGCACGAAAGUGGUUUUUUCCAAUGUUCGUCAAAAUUAAUUCCAAUUUUUUUAUUCCGGCAACCGGUUAGGUUAAGAAGGCAUUAUUUGGUGUCUCAAAAUAAUCGCAGAAAAAAUGACUGAUCAUUAAUAUUGAUCAUUUGAAUAUUUAGAGAAAGUCCGCCGAUAUAGUAUACGGUUGUUGUAAAUUGGUUGGUCCCGCUAAAAGAUUGCGGAGUGCCUUUUUCAGGAUGACUGAUAUAUUGUACUUUCUUGUAAAAAGUUGCGCUUCCUAAAUUAAGAAUAAUUAAAUGCCAGUUUCUUUUAUUCCUGCUGACUGAUUAUUUCGAUGUUUGCUGAAGUUGAUUCACGCGAAAUCUGUCCUGACUCUAUUUACAUCAAACACACGUUAAAGCUCUUGAAAGACCACACUGGAAAGUAAAUCACAAUACAUCAUUACAAAUUAUAGCUGCUUUCAGUGAGAUAUUGUUAAAUUACCGUAAAAUUCCGAACAUAAGCCCCUCCAAAUAUAAGCCCCCAAACUCGUAACGCAAAAAGCCCUCCGUUAAGUCCCCACUCCAAAUAUAAGACCCCCCCGGGGGGGGGUUGUACUUGGAAAUUGCCCUCAAAUACAAAGUAAAACAAAGCAAAAAGGGUAAAUUUCCUUUGAACUGUAAGGCUAGCUUAAUCGAUUUUGAAACGCAAAUUUCCCUCCGUAGAUAAGCCCCUCCGAAUAUAAGCCCCUUCAAACAUAAGCUCCUCAAAAAGGGCCUUUGAAAAAUAUAAGCCCCAGGGCUUAUUUUCGGAAUUUUAGGGUAGUUUAUAAAAUUUCUUGUUUUAAAAGAAACACACUUAGUAAAAAAACAUAAAUACCUUAUUUUAACAGUUGCUCUACUUAACGAGUCUUACAGUGCUUUUAAUCUUAAUAUGGAAAGUAAAGACAAAGUUGACCUGUUUCAGACACUGUUACGAAAACUAUUCCUGAAGAAGAGGAAAAGGAGAAUUAACGCAGACAAUGAAAAUUAUAUGUACAAAACUCAUGGAAUGUUGUGCAAAAAAUCCGGAAGUGCAAGAGGGCUUCAAAUUUACUGUAUAAUCCUCAGAGCCAUGAUGUGCUGUAUAUCCUUAUUUUAUAUACAAACAAACAAAAGAAUUGCCAAAUUUAUAAAUCCACUUGUUUCUUUCAUUACAAAGGUGGACAUCAAAAACCACCCGAAUCCGAAGAAAAUCGAUGACAUAGAAAUGAACAAGAAGAUUUACUGCAAGAAUUGUGGUGAGGACUGGGGUGUUACAGCUCUUAUAAGCGGGGUGGAGUGGCUGUGUAUCAAGAUUUGCAGUUUUGUUCUGGAGUUUCCAGGAAAAGAUCAACCUCGAAGAAUGUACAAAAAGUGGAAAGAUUUACCGUUUGGCAUCAAAGAAGCAAGCAUGGAAGAGAUUUUAAAACACAGCGGUGAGAAAGGACCAGGAGAUGACCUGCUAGAUUUCAGCUUUGAUGAUUGAUCACGUCGUUUGAUUUUUAAGAAAAGAGAGAGAGAAAUUUAAAAUAUUGUCUGUAUAACGUUUCAUUUCUUCAUUUUGCUUUUGGUGUUCUGGGGUGGCCAUAAAAACGGUAGAUAGUUGGUAUAAAUCAGAUGUUUCUUGUAAAACUUUAGAGCAGCCUGUCAUGCAGCAGAAGACUGAGUAAAAAAAAAAAAUCAAUGUAAAGGGCGUAGUAAGCGGUAUAGGAUAAAACACGCGAUGGCUCUUUAAAUGUAUUUUGCAGUUGAAUUGAACUGAAUUGGUGAGUUAAAGUAUUAGUCAUUAAUGAAAAGCAACAGAACUAUUCAGGAACAAAGUUAUUUACCGAAGGAACAGUACCUAAUAAUUAAAUCUGCUUUGUUCAGUUGAAGUCAUGUUGUUUUGUUAGCAACAUAGUGGGUUAUAAGCUCUACGUCAUAACAUUAAGCGUUUCAGCAUUCAAUUUGAAAAUCGCAACGAAAACGUUAACCAACUAUCGUUCGCACCACUACCUUCUAGGGAAAAUUAUUUUAGCUUCCUCUUUGGAAUUCCCCUCGGAAUGUUCCGUCAACUGACAUUUUUACCUCUGUAUCAGUAGAAUACUUUAAAAAGAGGACAGAAGUACACUAAGCAUAAAUAAUUUUACAACGUUGCUUCAAAAAGAUAUACCAAAUGGCUCUAGCAAACAGAAGUCUUUAUGAUUGCGAGAAAAGUAUUUCAAAGUUAUCGAUGACAAAAAAAGCCUAGCUAGUUGUUGGGUAAAA